AUGGACCAAGAACGUGAUGGCCCCAAUCCCAGUCCCAGCAGCAAGGAAGAGGUGGAAAUACUGACGGGCAUGGAAGAUGAAGUAGACAGUGCUAAUGACAUGGUAGAACAAGAGGAAAGCACCGGCAGCGCCCCUAGCCCAUCGUUUUCAGGCAGAAACACGAAAAGGCUCCGGUCGAAAGGGUGGGACGAUUUCAUGCCCAUUUUCGUCGGAACUAAGCUUGCAAAGGCUGAAUGCAUGCACUGCCAGAAGGUUUACAACGUCGGCUCCAGUGGCACUAGCAACCUGCUAAAGCACCAGGCCAAGUGCAGCGCUAGGGCCCAUAAAAGGCCAAUGCAAGACAAGCUUCAAAUGUUGCCAUCUACCCAGAAGAGCACCGUUGCAGCUAGCCCUGGUUUGACACAGAAGAAGCUCCCAUUCUCCCUCGCCAGCCAGAAGAAAUGCUUGAGCACAGCCGAUGCAAUGCUUCAGAAGAAGGGUCUUGCUUUGCUUGACAUUCCCAAUGACAUGAAUCAGGAGGUUCAUCAGAAUUCAUCUCAUGAGGAACUUGCAGGACGCGAGCAGAAGAAUCAGUUGGGAGCAAAACUUGCAGUGCCUGAGCAGGACAUUCUCACUAACAUGAAUCGGAAGAAUCCAGAGGUUGAUCAGGGUGAGCCACACAAAGAACUUGUCAGGAUAUUUGCUGCGCACGGGCAGUCACCAUUUAUAAGAGCCCAUGAUAGGUUUAGCAAGUUUGUUGCUUGCUUGAAUCCUAUGGUCAAGAUGCCAGAUGAAUAUGUCAUGUGCAGGUACUUUAAGGAACUGUUUGACAAAGAAAAGACCAACCUGAAGGAGAAGCUUGCCGCUUUGGGCAGUCGGGUUUGCUUGAGUGCUUAUGUGUGGCACUACGAUUUGCUCUCAGCGUUCUUAUGCCUGAGUGUUCAUUACAUUGAUGGUCAAUGGGAGAAGCAGAAAAAUAUCAUCAAAUUUCGUGCCGUCGAUCCUUCCUGCAGUGGAGAGGAAUUGAGCCAGUCUAUAUUGUAUGCUAUUGACGAUUGGGGUCUUCGUGACAAGGUUUUCAGCAUUAUACUGGACGAUGCAUUUCUGGAUGAUUCAGUUACUUUAGAUGUCAAAGCUCGUCUCGAAAAAUGGAACCUUCUCUCGGCUAAUCGGAGUGUGUCUACAUCUGUAAAUCAGAGCUUGUUUGUGAUAAGGUAUGCAACUCAUCUAGUUAAACAUGUCAUACAGGUUGGGAAGGAUGAACUUGAGAAAGUCACGCAGAAGUCAACAAAGUGUUCUAAGUAUACAAAGGGCCACAUUCCUCCGGUAGUACAUUAUCCGAACCACAGAUAUGCACCGUCACCAGGAGGCUGGAAAAGUGCAAAGAAGAUUUGUAAGGUCAUGGAAGAUUUGCAACGACACAUGGAUGAAAUACACAAUUGUUGCAAUCCAGCUGACCUGUUUGACAAGGUGUGGGAUGUUAAGAAACUUUUGCAUCGUGAUGCUGAUUCCUAUAUCUGGGGAGAUAGUAAAAUUUCCAAAGAACUGGAGAAGAUGCAAGAAAAGUCUAAGGAGCAGUGGAAACUCUGUUGCUUAAAUAUAUGUAUGCCUAUGAUCAUGGAUCCUUCAUACCGUUUGAAACGCAUCAAGUCCCGUCUCCGGUCUGAUGCAGGCAAUUAUCAUCUGGAGAAGCGGAGUUUUGAAGAUGAUAUAGAAGAUUAUAUUGAAGAAGUGCAUGCCAUAUUGCUCAACCUCUUCUGUGAAUAUUCUGAUCAGGUGGAAGACACUAGCUGCACGUCUGGAUCUAAAACUAGAAAAAGAACUCUUGGGGAGGGACGUGAUACACUGAUGGACUAUUACCAAGCCGCCGAAUAUCCAUACAGUGAGCGACCGAUGAUAGAACUUGAUCAGUACAUGCAGGAGCCAGGUCUCUCUGCAGAUGAGUCCAGUGUUCUCCAAUGGUGGAAGGAACACAACCUGACCUAUCCUACAAUUGCUCGGAUGGCACGUGAUAUAUUGGCCGUGCCACUCAGUGUAGACUGCAGCGUAGCAAUAAAGACUGCGAGGCGCACAAUUUGCGAGUCUAGUAGCAUGUGGCGUGAAGAGGUUGUGUGUGUUCAGGACUGGCUCAGAUCAGAUGGUUCCUCGAGCGAGUGA